AUGACUUCCUAUAAUAAAGAUAACUCAUCGUUACUGCAAGAAAGUGUUACUUCAAGCGGUAAUAAUCACUUAGACUCCAGUGAUGAUUCUAAUACAUACACUUACUUAGGAAUGAAAGGGCAAAGGUUACAUCAUGCCAUUUCUUUUCUUGCUGGUAUGGGGUUUUUGCUUUUUGGUUAUGAUCAAGGUGUCAUGGGUUCUUUGUUAACCUUGCCAACAUUUAGAAACACUUUCGAAUCGAUUGAUACCACUAGAUAUCCAGACCGUGCAACUUUCCAAGGUUUUGUUAUUGCUAUUUAUGAAAUUGGUUGUUUAGCUGGUGCCCUCUCUACCAUGUACAUCGGUGAUAAAAUUGGAAGAAGAAAGACAAUUUUCAUUGGUUGUAUUAUUAUGAUUAUCGGUGCCAUUAUUCAAGCUUCUUCCUUUUCUGUUGGUCAGCUAAUUGUUGGUAGAAUUGUUACUGGUCUUGGUAAUGGUAUGAACACAGCUACUGUUCCUAUGUGGCAAUCUGAAUGUGCCAAGAGUAAAGACAGAGGUAGAUUGGUUAUGGUCCAAGGUGCUUUAAUCACUGGUGGUAUUUGCAUCUCCUAUUGGAUCGAUUUUGGUUUCUUCUUUAUUAAAAAUAGUUCAGUUUCUUGGCGUUUUCCAAUUGCUUUCCAAAUUUUCUUUCCAUUAUUCAUUUUACCUUUCAUUUUAAGAUUACCAGAAUCUCCAAGAUGGUUGUUAAAAACAGGUGAUAUGCAAGAAGCUGCCAGAGUUUUCUCUUCCCUUGAUGAUGUUCCAGUUAAUCAUCCAACUAUUGUUUACGAAGUUAAUGAAAUUGCCGAAUCUUUAGAGAAAGAAAGAAGUGACGCUACCAACAAAUCCAAAUUCCGUCUUUUAUUUAUUCAAGGUGAAACCAAGAACUUCCAUAGAACAUGCUUAGCUGUUUGGUCUCAAAUUAUGCAACAGAUUACUGGUAUUAACUUGAUCACUUAUUAUGCCGGUACUAUCUUUGAAAAUUAUAUCGGUAUGAGUCCCUUAAAUUCCAGAAUUUUAGCUGCUGCCAAUGGUACCGAAUAUUUCCUUGCUUCUUGGAUUGCCUUCUACACCAUUGAAAGAUUUGGUAGAAGAAAGUUAAUGUUGUUUGGUGCUGCUGGUCAAGCUGCCUCUAUGGCUAUUUUGACAGGUACCACCUGGGCUGCAAGUCCUAAGAAUGAAAACAAUAGUUCUGCCGGUGUUGCUGCUGCUGUUUUCCUUUUUAUCUUUAAUACCUUCUUUGCUGUUGGAUGGUUAGGUAUGACUUGGUUAUAUCCUGCCGAAAUCACACCAUUGAAUAUUAGAGCUGCAUCUAAUGGUUUGAGUACUGCUGCCAACUGGUCAUUCAACUUUAUGGUGGUUAUGAUUACUCCAAUUGCUUUUGAAAAUAUUGAUUACUACACUUAUACUAUUUUUGCUGUCAUCAACUUGUUAAUGGUUCCAACUGUGUACUAUUUCUAUCCAGAAACGGCUGGUCGUUCUUUGGAAGAAAUGGACAAGAUUUUUGAAUUAUCAAAUACUUCAACUCCAUGGGACGUUGUUAAGAUUGCUCGUGAAUUACCUUACGAAAGCCAAACCCGUGAAGGUGACAUUGAAAAGGUUGCCAUUGAACACAUCGAGUAG